UGUUUGCUGUGGCAGAUGCGCAGCUUUGGACGCGAAGUCGCGCAUGCGCCGUGGUGGCCGCUUCUGCCGCUUUGGUGCUUUGCCUGCUUGUUGGUGGUUUCUGUGGUGGCUGUUGGCUUUAGGUGGCUGUUGGCUCCGACGAAGAGCAGCAGUGUAGUUCGCAUUCGUCCAUCGGCAGAGCAUCGUCUGCAAAGUGCCCCCAAAAUCAAAGAAGCAGCUGGUGCCCACGAAAACGUUCGGUUAAUUUGCAUUCGAAGCUCAUCAUCGAGCUCAUCAUCCCCCGGAGAAGCAGCAUCAGUCAUGCGAGUGCAGCUUUUCGGUGUCAUCGCCGUGGCCGUCGUGGCCGUUUCGCUGGUCCGCGAUGUUGGAGCGGAGCCACCGGUGAACAACGCCUACUUGCCACCCAGCUCGCCCCAGCGCCCGUCCUCCAAGUAUGGUGCUCCGCCGGCCAGCUCCUACCUGCCACCCGCCUCCGGACCGGCUCCAUCGUUCAACUCCGCUCCGUCCAGCAGCUAUGCGGCUCCAUCGCAAAGUGCUUCAUCGGGUGGCCCAUAUCCGGCUCCCGCGCCACGUCCCUCCAGUUCUUAUGGACCACCAGCCUCCCGGCCCUCGUCCAGCUAUGGACCACCGCCCAGCCGGCCGAGCCAAUCGUACGGACCACCGCCGCAGUCCAAGAAGCACCAUCAUCGUCGUCCAUCCAGCAGCUAUGGAGCUCCGAGACCCGCUCCGCCUUCGCAGAGCUAUGGUGCCCCGCCCUCUUCUAGCUAUGGGCCCCCGAAGUCCGCGCCUCCAUCCCAGAGUUAUGGUGCUCCAGCUCCACCAUCCAGCAAGUACGGUCCACCCAAGUCAGCACCUUCUUCCAGCUACGGAGCCCCUAGACCAGCAGCCCCUUCAUCCUCCUAUGGCGCACCCGCACCACCAUCUUCGUCCUAUGGAGCACCUGCCGCCCCAUCAUCAUCUUAUGGAGCACCAGCCGCCCCAUCAUCGUCUUAUGGAGCUCCCGCACCACCUUCCAAAUCUUAUGGGGCACCUGCUCCUCCAUCUUCAUCGUAUGGAGCGCCUGCUGCUCCUUCCAAGUCUUAUGGAGCACCUGCCCCACCAUCAUCAUCGUAUGGAGCACCUGCACCACCAUCUUCAUCAUACGGAGCACCUGCACCACCAUCCCCAUCUUACGGAGCCCCAGCACCACCAUCCAAAUCUUACGGAGCCCCUGCUCCUCCAUCUUCUUCGUAUGGAGCACCUGCUGCUCCUUCUAAGUCUUACGGAGCACCCGCCCCGCCAUCUUCCUCCUACGGAGCACCUGCACCACCAUCUUCCUCCUAUGGAGCACCUUCAGCGCCCUCUUCAUCCUACGGACCUCCCAAGUCAGCACCCGCACCACCUUCCUCCAGCUAUGGAGCACCGCCUCAGGCGCCCGUCAGCGCCUACCUGCCACCCGCACCGCGACCAUCGAAGCCCUCUUCCAGCUACGGAGCACCCAGUGUGAGCAGCUUUGUGCCCUUGCCCUCGGCGCCAUCGACCAACUAUGGAGCACCAUCAAAGACCCAGAGCCUGGGAAGCAGUGGCUAUUCAUCAGGACCUUCUUCAUCCUACGAAGCACCAGUGGCACCUCCAUCGCCCUCGUACGGAGCUCCUUCCUCUUCGUUCCAGCCCAUCGCACCACCAUCGUCUAGCUACGGCGCUCCCAGCAGCGGAUCAGGCUCAAGCAGCGGAAGCUUCUCGGCCGCUCCCUCAUCCUUGUACGGCGCCCCAAGCAAGGGUUCCAGUGGUGGAUCUUUCCAAUCCGCGCCAUCCAGCUCGUACUCUGCUCCCAGUGCCAGUGCUAACAGCGGUGGAUCGUACCCCUCGGCUCCAUCAUCAUCCUACUCUGCCCCCAGUUCGAGCUCCAGCAGUGGAGGACCUUAUGCCUCGGCUCCAUCUUCCUCCUACUCGGCACCCAGCUCUGGAUCCAACAGUGGUGGGCCAUACCCCGCUGCUCCAUCGUCUUCGUACUCCGCUCCCAGUGCCUCUGCCAACAGUGGUGGAUCCUAUCCAUCGGCUCCAUCCUCGUCUUACUCGGCACCCAGCCCAGGAUCGAACAGCGGUGGACCCUAUCCUGCAGCUCCUUCAUCCUCGUACUCGGCACCGAGUCCAUCAGCCAACAGUGGAGGUCCUUAUGCCUCGGCUCCCUCCUCUUCGUACUCCGCACCCAGCUCUAGCUCCAACUCCGGCGGGCCAUAUGCCGCUGCUCCCUCAUCUUCGUACUCCGCUCCCAGUUCCAGCUCGAGCAGUGGAGGACCCUACCCAUCGGCGCCGUCAUCUUCGUACUCCGCACCCAGCUCCAGCUUAAGCAGUGGAGGACCAUACCCAUCGGCUCCCUCUUCUUCUUAUGCCGCACCCAGCCCGAGCUCCAACAGCGGAGGACCUUACCCGGCUGCUCCAUCCAACUCGUACUCGGCCCCGAUCGCUCCCCCCUCCUCAUCUUACGGAGCACCUGCCUCAGGACCGUCUCCCUCGUUCAGCGCUCCCUCCUCUUCCUAUGGUGCUCCAUCCACUGGAUCAGGUUCCAGCUCAUUCUCCUCCUCCUCAUCCUCCUUCAGCGGAGCCUCGUCGAGCAGCAGCGGUGGCUAUCCCUCUGCUCCGUCCAGCUCCUAUGGAGCUCCAUCCACCGGUUCGGGCCACAGCUUCUCCAGCGCACCCUCGUCCAGCUACAGUGCUCCGCCAGCCGGUGGAUCGUCCAGCUCCGGUCCCUAUCCAAGUGCUCCGUCCCAGGACUCCGGCUACGAGUACAACGGACCCAGCCAGGUGCCCGAGACCAUUCAGCAGAGCUACAGUGCCGACGGUGGCUACACCUAUCGCAAGAAGUGAGCAGCCACCGGCAUCACGCAUACGCCACGUGCCUUCGAAUACUCAACCACCACAUCAUAUCAUCGCCGUCGCCAUUGUAAAUUAUUCCCCAAAAUGACAAGCAACCAAUUCGCCCAUUCCUCUUACUCUCCUCCAUGGAAAUCUAGCCUUAAUUCACUGUACCAUUAGAUGUAAAACAACGAAACCACGUUUGUUAAAUAAACAACUUGAUGAAGAUCAUA